AUGCUUUCCUCAUCCCAACAACAACAACACAGUGUCUAUACUCAAUGUAAAGUUGGAGAUUUAGAUGGAAUUAAACAACAUUUUCAAUCCUCCACGAAUCCAUCGCCCUCUCUGGAUGAACCCGAUGAGUUUGGAAAUACCAUGCUCUAUUAUUCGUGCCUGUGUGGUAGAUUGGGGAUAGUGAGGUACCUCUCCGAGUUGGGUGCUCGCGACGACAAGUACAAGCGAUGUUUUCUAAAUGCUCUGAAUUUAGACGUUCGGAGAAUGUUAAAGUUAUAUAACGUCUAUCAUCAUCAACAUGGACAAGAAAAUAACAAGAAUCGGAACAAACCAUCAUCUUCGGAACAAGAUGAAGAAGACGAAGAAGAUAAUCUCACUCAAGUAUUGAAAAAGUAUGCCAUGAAGUGUGUUCAUGAAAAUAGGAAUGAUAACAAAAAGGAUCAGUCUCAGGAAGGAGGUGAAGAUCAAGAGCCUCUUUCAGAAGUUAAACAAGAAUCCCCAGAAACAAUCCAUGAAUCAAAUGAUGAUCGUAUGAUUGUAUUGAAAUUUAAAUUUGCUGAUGAAAAAUCCGUGAGCGAGUACAAGUGUCAUUUGUGGAUCUUGUUGUCCAGGUGGCCACAAUUUUUACAUUUUGUCCAUUUGCAACGAAAUAAUUCUCAAAAUCAUAAUUUAAUUCAAGCAUUACCUCAGAAUUUUCUGGUUCGAUUGGAGAGUACGGACAUACCUCUUUUUAAAUGUAACAGUAAUAAGGAAGUGGAAGAAUAUGUCAAUCGAACAUUUCCUCAGCUUGGUGGAAGUGGAAAAGCGUUUAACUCUAAAUGUAAACAAACAAAGCAACAUUAUCGUCAAAUCAAAGAGGUUUUCCAAUUUCCGUUCAUUUCACAGCAGGAUGUGAUUCAAAAACUACCGAAUCAAGAUACUGAUCUAGCUCAAUUCAUGAACGACCAUUUGAAAGAGAUUAAUUUUGGAGUGGUUCCAUUCAAGAGAAAAUCCUUUGACACAGUAUUGGUUUGGCUGUAUAGUGGCCUCCUCAUAGAUCCUUCUCGAAAAUCUUCAUUUCUGCCGAGUGAAGUCGAUUUCUGUACCGUUUGUCAUGAUUUGGUAGUGAUGGCCAAAUAUUUACAACUCUCUUCCCUCAUGGAAAUGGUGACUGAACACUUGUACAAAAUGUAUGAACAUUGUGGUACCAAAUUCUUGCAAACACAUGUCAUGAAAAAGAAUCAGGAAUUAUUGGCCAAUGAUUUGGAUCCUCAAUCGUAUUGCAAAAGCUCGAUCACUCUCACAAAUCCCAUAGACAAGAUGAAACGAAUGUGUUGCAAUAUGGGAAUUACUCUUGCCAAAGAUAUUUCCCGUGAUGAUGAACAUGCAUCGUCAACACCAAGCACAUGUGAAUUUAUUUAUUGCAACAAACAAUUCAUGAUGGAUCGAAGUUUAUUCUUUGAAGUCAUUAUUAAUUGCUCGUUUGAAGAAGGAGAAAAAUUUAGACGACAAUUAGAUCAGCAUGAACUGCCUCUGAUUGAUUUUCAACAAGUCAGCCACACCAAUGUUCUGUGUGAAAUCAUUCGAUAUUCCUAUUCAGAAAAUGUGAACAUUGACAAGGAAACCAUUUUGGAAGUCAUUACAUUGGCUCAAAAAUUGGGCUUUCCAAAACUUAUUGAAAGAUGUGAAUCCUAUUUUUCAACAUGGGUCACUACCGAAGAUGUGGACAAUGUGUUUGAAUUGUUCAAAAUUGCUUGUUUAGUUGGUAGUUCUAAAUUGAAAAUGUUUUUCGAAAGGAAAACCAUUGAAUAUUUUAGAGAACAAACAGAGAACGGAAUGAUCACUGUAGAUGAAGUGAUUGAGAGUUUGGAAUGUUUGGGAUGUGAUGAGGAUGAAAUUUCAAGAUUCAGAGCUUAUUUGAGAGCGAAUUAA